CAAAAAAUAAGUUUUGGGAAAUUAGACUUGACGGUCGAAAGACAUAUAUCAGAAUAGGAAAUAUUGGUGACAAAGGAGAAAUAACAAUGAAAGAACAUAAAAGUUUGGCCGCUGCAAAACAAUCUAUGACUAAAUUGAUCGCUAGAAAGGAAAGUCAAGGAUUUCAGAAACAAGAUAAACCUUCAUCAACAGCUGAUGCUAAAGACGGUAAAAAACUAAACAGGUACCCCAAGCGACAAAAAAAUAUUCAUGUUAAUUCCAAUGAUAAGACUUUUUUGGAUGAUGAUAAGUCAAUUGAAGAAAAUGCGGAUGGUCCUGAAUCUUCUAAACCGUGCGUCAUUGACGAUAUCACUGAUGAUGGACAAAAAAACUCCGCGUCACCACCUGUAUCAAACAACAUCUUCAAAUCUACUUUUAAGAAGACGGCUACCUUACCUUCUUCCAUUACUAAUGCUAAGCCUAAGUCAAUUUUAAAAGGCAAUAUUCCUGAUCUUUUACUCGCUCAUCCUUGGAAAGAAGACGAAGUUGAUCCAACUGGUUGGUGGAUUUCUGAGAAGUUGGAUGGGGUUAGGGCCUUCUGGUGUGGAAAACGAAGUGUAUUCUUGUCCAGACAAGGAAAAGUUUAUGCAGCGCCUGCUUGGUUUACAAAAGGUUUACCGAAAGACAUUGAUCUUGACGGUGAACUUUUCGGUGGUCGCGGCAAAUUUCAAUCAACAGUUAGUAUCGUGAAAGCUGGUGUUGAAGAAUGGAAGAAAAUAACCUAUCAGAUUUUUGAUGUCCCAUCGUACUCUAAUGCACCUUUUGAGGAUCUUCAACAUAGAUAUUGCAAAUCAGCUAAAGAUAUUUUUGAUGAAUUGAAAAGAGUUGAAGCAGUCGGUGGAGAAGGGUUAAUGAUUAGAAAACCGAAAAGUGAAUAUGUUUGUGGUCGAUCCAACACAUUAUUAAAAAUUAAAUCAUUUUAUGAUGGUGAAGCUCUUUUAGAAGGUUACGAACCAGGAAAAGGAAAAUAUACAGGAAUGACAGGUGCAUUAAAAUGUGUGAUGGCUUGUGGUAAAAAGUUUAAGGUCGGAUCUGGAUUGAGUGAUAACGAAAGAAAAAAGCCUCCAAAAAUUGGAAGCAUCAUUGUAUAUCGAUGCCAAGAACUUAGUGAUAGUGGGUCCCCACGAUUUCCUACAUUUAUUGGUGUUGCUGCUGACAAAACUAAGCCUAAGGAUCCGGAUUUCGGACAGAAACUGAAAAUUAAAUAA